AUGAUUCGAGUCAUUCAAGAUGAAGAUGAUACAGGAGAAUACCAUAUGCUUGACUAUAAACCUGAUCCACUAGUGUUGGCAGCUGUUAUCUUACCAUGUAUUGCCUGUUUAUUCAUGAUUAUUUUAAUGAUAGUGCUGCUAAAAAAGAACUCAAAACAGAAGUUCUUGAAGUUUUGUCACUUUGGUGGUGAUGGUGAGAAACAGUCUGCAAGUCAUUCUGGAACUACUGCUGAUGGCGGUGAAGCCACUAUAAAAAAUGAAGCUGUACAAUACAAUGCAGUCACACAAAAUGUGAAUGAUGCGUAUACACGCACACCAGACACACUACGAGCUCUUGGUGCUACUCCUGUUAACAAUUUGGAAGAUGGGGAUAAACCAGAUGAGAUUGAACCACUACUGCGACUGGGGGUUACAGGAACUAAUAAUGAUAAGCCACACUCUGACUCUGAUGAAGAUACCCAAAGACAAUCACAGAAUAGGGAUGGGAUUUAUGCACAACCAACUGAUCAUGAUGAAUCCACUAAUGCAGCUUCCACUAAUCCUGCACAGUCUAGCGGAUUAAAGGGUAUACAGUCUGCUGUAGUUGUUGCGGAUGUUCACUAUCCUGGACAACCGAAUGAUCCAUCAUUAAUUGAUAGUGCUAAGAAGAUUAGUUUGGAAGAAAAGAUGAAAUUAGCAAGAGGUGUGCCACUUGAAGAUUUACUUGGUAAUUAUACUGUUAUGGAUAAGAUAAAUGGUCUGCUGACACCGGAAAGUGAAACAAAUUCACCCUUGCAUAUUAAAAGUUAUCGUGACUUGGCAAUAGCAGUUGGCAUGCCAUAUAUAAAUGUGGCAAAAUCAGCCAGACACGUGAUAGAAUACAUAAAGGCGAGCUCAGAAGGUGAUCGUGAUGUUUCAACACUAAUGAAAGGAUUAAACACUAUAAAGAGUUUCGAUGUGAUGGAUGAAGUAUAUGCCUGGUUAUUAAAUAGGCAGAAAGAGAAGACUUGAACGUUUAUGGACAAUCUCAUACUUAAUGAUGUCACACUAUCUAUAGACAUAUUUAUAGUAGGCCUUGUAC